UGUUACGUCAGCUUUGCCUUCUGCAGCGCAGCGCUUGUAUCGGGCGCAGGUUCAUGCCCGGCCGAGGUAGCUCAUUCUCUGCUCUCAAUCAUUCAGAAUGCCAAAGCUAGUAAUUCGGCAAAGUUCUACGCACUGUUAACCCUUGGAGAAAUUGGCAAGAACAGAUCGUUGGGUUUGGUCAAUGAGGGGCCCAUCUUGGACUGUUUCUCGGACGCCUCGGAGGAUGUGAAGACUGCGGCGUCUGUGUGUUUGGGUUUGAUCAGUUCUGGCAAUCCAACGCACUUUGUACCCAUCAUCCUAUCUGAGAUUGGCUCUAAGUCUCGGCACCAGUACUUGCUGCUUCACGCGUUACGCGAGCUUAUCACUACCUUGUCAUCCGAUGAAGCUGACAUUCAGUUACUUCAACCUUGUUCCGAUGCCAUCUGGGAACUACUGUUCACGCACUGCGAGAGCAUUGAAGAAGGCACGCGUAACAUGGUGGCUGAGUGCCUGGGCAAGCUGACUCUGAUCGACCCUUUUAAGCGGCUGCCUAUUCUACAGGCUGGUUUGUCAAGCCCAUCAACAGCAGUGGCACGCGCAACUGUGAUCUCUGCCGUUCGCUUCACGAUAUCCGACAAGGUAAAGCGUGUGGAUGAGCUGUUGAAGGACUCGAUCCGUGACUUUCUCUCCAUGCUAGAAGACCCUGAUCUUAAUGUACGGCGAGUUACGCUGUUACUGCUCAACUCGGUAGCACACAACAAGCCGUCACUGAUCAUUGACCGACUACCCACCAUCCUGCCAGCACUCUACCAGGAAACGAACAUCAGAAAAGAGCUGAUUCGUGAAGUAGAAAUGGGUCCAUUCAAGCACUCCGUCGAUGAUGGACUGGAUAUCAGAAAGGCUGCAUUUGAAUGCAUGUACACGUUGCUGGAGUCCUGCCUGGAGAAACUAGAUAUAUUUGAGUUCCUGAGCCAUGUUGAAGGUGGUAUGAAAGACCACUAUGACAUCAAAAUGUUAACGUAUCUGAUGAUCAUUCGCUUGGCUCUCAUCGCACCAUUGGCAGUAUUUCAGCGCUUGGGCUCCUUGAUGGCAUCGCUGAAAACAAUAAUUGUUUCCAAGUCCAAGGCGAACGCAGUCAAGCAGGAGCUGGAGAAACAGGAGGAGCUUAAGCGUUCUGCCAUGCGCUGUGCAGUCGAGCUGCUACAGCUACCUGAGUCUGACAAAAACCCAACCGUUAGUGAUUUCCUGUCCACGGUCAAGGCCAGCAAUGACCUGUCGGAAAUGCUGCGCUCGCUUCACAAGAAACCAGGCAAUGGCUCUAUGGCAACUGGUUCCGUUGCGGCCCCGACGGCGGCGCCUGGCUCACAACUGAGGCGAAGACUUGCUGCGUGAACAUGCACUUCUGAUUAGUUCUGGAAGGAUGGAUACUGCGGCCGCAUGCACUUCUGAUUAGCUCUGAGAGGCUGGAUACUGCUAUAAUCCACGAGGUGCUCUAUGGCAUGUGAUUGUAAUGGAAUAAGUCUAUCAUCCCCCUCCCCGCCCCUUCUCUCCACUCGCGUCCCUCUUUCUCCUUGCUAAUCCUUCUUUAUUCUCUCUACCCCCAUUUUCCAUAGCUCUGGCUGCUGCUGUUGCUGCUGCCUGUAGUUAUGGUGGUAUGUCCCUGGUUGUUACAUUUUGCGCACACGCCCUGCUGGCUUCACGGUGUCCGUUUUCGUUAUCCACUCGACCGUCAGGACGUUCCCUAUUGCUUUCUAUUCGCGCCCCCCCCCCCCCCCCCCCGCCUUUGUCUGUUGCCCGACUGCGUCGUGUGUUCACCUGCUCGUAUCCACUAACUGCUGUACACUGCUUUGCUUUAUUCGCAUACCGAGGAUCCAGUGCCCACACUGCUGCUCAGUGCCACUGCGGCUAGAUCCAGCAUGAAACCAAACAUAGUGUUACGUUGCGUACUACUACUACUACUCGCACUCGCAUUUAGCUCUCUCCUUUUUGAGUUCCCACUCAUGCGCGAACGCGCGCUUUGGCUUGGCUUCCGUUUCUUCAGAAAUUUUCUCCGGAGUCAGCUUCCAGUGCAUUCCUUUUAGAUCAGAUUUUACACAUAACAUUUGCACUGUCUACUACAUGUACACAUGUAGUUUAUAACUAUGAUGAGCUUAUUAUGAGCUUGUACGUUUGUCUCGGUCCUCGUGCCGUCAGAAAUCUCAUGUCCGUUA